UUCGGUAAAGGAACUGAUUUUGAUCUUGCUGUGUAUAAUGCUCAAACCGAUGAAGAAUACAAAGAUGACAUGUUUGUAGUACCAAGAAACACAUCAGUUAUUGUCAGACGGUUACCUGCAGCGAGACCAGGAAAAGGUACCGCGCAAAGAUAUGUGCAAGGAGUAAUGGAUGGUAAAAGCGCAGGGAAACCAAAUGCUGCAGCAUCAAUAGCACCACCGGGAAGCAGCACUGGCACUAACGCAGUACAUAGAGGAAGAAAUUUGGUACUUGAUGCGCAAAAGCAGAGACAGCAACAAAUGCAAAAACCCUCGCCGAGUAUAUCCAAUGCAACGACAGCAGAUGCUAAUGCUGAAGAUGUGGCAAUGGAUUCAGAAGAAGCGAGGAUUCAAGCUAUGUUUCAACAAGAAACCAGUCAAUGGGAUGCUAUGCAAGAAAAACUGGCUGAACAACAAUAUAUACCUUACAAUAAUCGAGGUGAUUCUAGACGAGGCGGCAGAGGUGGUUUUCAAGGUAGUUCGGGACAUCGAGAUGGUGGAAAUAUGAAUGAGAACAAUAAAGAUGGUCAGCAACCUAUAAGAGUGCCUCCUCCAACCUAUGUAUGCUAUAGGUGUGGUCAAAAAGGCCAUUAUAUCAAUCAAUGCCCUACGAACGGAGACAAAGAUUAUGAUAAACACCCUAGAAUAAAAAAGACAACUGGUAUUCCUCGAAGUUUCCUUAAAGUGAUCGAAGAGCCUAAAGAUGCAGUUAAAGCAGGUACAGGCGGCCUCAUGGUUACGCCCAAAGGUGAUAUUGUUGUUGCUCAAGCCGAUUCCUCUACAUGGGAUAAACACGUCGCGAAAACAGCUACCACUAUCGGGCUGGGAACGGCAGGUGAUUUGAUGGAUUGGUAUGACUCCAUUCCAGUGAUUGAUUAUUUACAGUGCCCUAUUUGUCACGGCUUAUUAAAAGAAGCAUCUAUCACACCAUGUUGUGGCAUGAGUUUCUGUGAUGAAUGUAUACGUGGUCAUCUAAUGGACCAUGAUUUUGCUUGUCAUGAAUGUAAAAAACCAAUCCAAAAUGGCUUGGAUGGUCUUAUACCAAACUUGGACCUUAGAGAGUGUGUGGAGAACUAUGUUAGAAGGUUCGUUCACAAC